GAUGUGCAGUCUAAGAGUGACUGGCGAAGGCCUACUGUCAUUUGUCACAGAGUAGCUACUGUUUUCUUGUUUUAUGGGCCUGAGCGACACUAUAGCUGUAAAGACAGUGGGCUAGAUGCUGAUUGGGGUUUUAAACCUUGGUAUUUUCUCUACAGAGUGCUCUUUUUACACCAUUCAUUGAAAACAGGAAGAGGAAGUAAAGCAAGAACACGAGUGCAUUCACGAGGUCAUCAUAGCUUGACAUGCCUGUGUUUCCACCGCUGCUAUGGAGCACGUAACUGCUAGUGAGGAUCCGUCCGCUACACUGAUGUACCGCGUGGAACGUCCCGUCUUCAAUGAAACCUAUGUUGACUCAGAGCUUCUGCAUAGGAAGAAAAGGACACCAAAGUCCUUUCAACGGAGAGUAACUGAACAUCUCCGCUGUUCGUCUGAGAAAGCCAAAUCUGUUCUGUUUGGUUUUCUGCCCAUUUUAACAUGGCUGCCAUCAUAUCCAGUAAAGGAAUACCUGUUUGGAGACAUAGUUUCCGGCAUCAGCACAGGUGUAAUGCAGCUACCUCAAGGUCUUGCUUAUGCGAUGCUGGCAGCUGUUCCUCCAGUGUUUGGUUUAUAUUCAUCGUUUUAUCCUGUACUGUUAUACACAUUCUUUGGUACCUCCAAACAUAUAUCAAUAGGUACAUUUGCAGUAAUCAGUCUGAUGAUUGGCGGGGUUGCUGUAAGGGAGGCCCCGGACACCAUGUUUGCAGUCAACGGAACCAACGCGUCACUGGUUGUGGAUUUCCAGGCUCGAGAUGCCAGAAGAGUGGAGGUGGUUGUGGCUCUGACAACCCUAGUAGGAAUCAUACAGUUUGUUCUGGGUCUGCUGAGAUUCGGCUUCCUGGCGAUUUACUUGACUGAGCCGCUGGUGCGAGGUUUCACCACAGCUGCCGCUGUGCACGUCUCGGUGUCGCAGAUCAAGUACCUGCUGGGAGUGCACAUACCGCGCUUCAAUGGGCCUCUUUCUGUAGUGUAUAGCCUUGAUGCUGUCUUCAGGAACAUUGCAAGCACUAAUCUUAUCACGCUAAUUAUUGGACUGGUAUGUACGGUGUUCCUGUACUUCAUUAAAGAUCUCAAUGAACGGUUCAAAAAGAAGCUCCCUGUCCCCAUCCCUGGAGAAAUCAUAGUGGUAAUUGUAUCCACUGGAAUCUCAUAUGGGAUGGUUAUGUCUGAAAACUAUGGAGUUGAAGUUGUGGGUAAAAUUCCCACUGGGUUGCUGCCACCCAAGAUUCCAGACUUCUCUGUCUUUCCUAACCUACUCGCAGACGCCUUCGCUAUAGCUGUUGUUGGCUUCUCGAUUGCAAUAUCAUUAGCCAAAAUCUUUGCUCUCAAGCAUGGCUACAGUGUGGAUGGAAAUCAGGAGCUCAUCGCACUGGGACUUUGUAACUUCACAAGUUCAUUCUUCCACACGUUUGCCGUUACCGCCUCAAUGUCUCGCAGCCUGGUGCAGGAGAGCACAGGAGGACAUACUGAAAUUGCAGGAUUCCUGGCGUCCAUACUUGUGCUACUGGUUGUGGUGGCCAUUGGAUUUGUCUUUCAGCCAUUACCAACAACAGUGUUGGCUGCUAUCAUCAUGGUCAAUCUCCUGGGGAUGUUUAAACAAAUGAAAGACAUUCCUGCAUUAUGGAGAACCAGCAAGAUUGAACUGGCAAUUUGGCUGGUGUCCUUUUUUGCAUCGGUUCUUCUAGGUCUGGAUUAUGGUCUGGUGGUUGCCAUGAGCUUUGCCAUAAUUACAGUUAUUUACAGAACACAAUGCCCGAAAAAUGCUCUUCUUGGACAAAUCCCAGAUACAGGACUGUACUUUGAUGUGGAUGAGUAUGAAGAGGCUGAGGAAUGCUCAGGGGUUAAGAUUUUUCAGUCCAAUACUUCAAUAUACUUUGCAAACAGUGACCUGUAUGUAAGCGCCCUCAAGGAAAAGACUGGAAUUGACCCAGCACAACUGGUCACUAGCAGAAACUCACAGCUAAAAUAUGCGAAAAGAGACACUGGAAAAAAGGCUGCAAACCACUGCACACCAGUAAAGAAAACUUCAGUUGUCUUAUUGGAUGUGGAGAUGGGCGUCACUCAUCAGGUGGUGGCUGGGCCGAAGAAACCCAUGGAUCAUGUAUACACCAACGGCCAGAUAACUGAGAACCAAACUGAGUCUGAAUCUGAGGACGAAUUUUUGCAACGUCUAACCCCCGUUCACACCAUCAUACUGGACUUUACUCCUGUUAACUUUAUUGACUCUGUAGGAGCCAAAACCAUUAAAUCAGUGAUAAAGGAGUUUGCAACGGUCGAUGUGAAAGUUGUGCUUGCUGGAUGUAGCAGAACUCUUCUCUCUGAUCUCAGGACACUAAAAUUCUUCUGUGAGCCCGUGACCCCUGACCUUGUUUUCCCCACCAUUCAUGACGCAGUGUUGCAUUGUAAGCGCUCGAGGGACGUCCCCGUCCGCCCUGACGUCCAGUGAACACACAAACCCAUCUGAGUGCCAGAUUACGAAUCGAGCCGUGCUGAAACGAGCACAAGUACUGUUACUCCUGAGUCUCUUAUGUAAUGGUUAUUACUUUCAGGUGUUAUGAUAAUGAAAGGAGACUUGGAAAGUUUUAGCAGGCCAAAUUUUUUGUGAUGGAAAUACUUUAUUUAAUGUGAACAUACCAGCAAAUGUUGAGCUUAAUAUGGCUGGUGCUGUUGUUUUAUGAUGCCAGCUGUAAUCAUAAGCUCCACCGCAAUUUGUUACUGAUGACUAUAAAACACUCUGUACCUUCAGUUCUUUUAAGUGCAAUUAGUGUAGAUGGAUUUCUGACGGUGUUUAUUCUUAAGCACUGGUCUGAAACUUUUAUUGACAUUCCAGUAAGCUUAUUUUUACGAUACAAAUUUAGUUUUACAGUUGCAACAUAUGGUAGUUUUUCUUGCCACUGUAUUUAAUUUUUAUUUUAUUUUUGGAAGUCUACACUUACUACAUCUAUCUGUAGUAUUCAGUAAAAAAAUAGCUAAUAUGUUACAUAUUUUCAAAGACCUGAUUAUAUAAUUGCACUGUCGGUGAAGAUGCUGCUUCUCGUUGUGUGAUAUACUUUAAUCUGAUGUUUCUGAGAAAACGGUUGCCAGAUAUUGAUUGUAUCGUUUUGUUUUAAGUUCCCCCCACCAUCUCUCCACUCAGUCGGUGACACAGUUGGCUAAUGGCUUAUCUAGAUCACCCCAGGGGCUCUUGGAACCAGUUACGAUUUGUUUUUGUAGCUACAAAGAACAUUAUUAACAUAAACGGGUCUUAGUUAGCGAUUACUGAAACAGCUGAUUCCACGAAGUCUUGAAAAUUUAAUUCAGGUGUUCUUGUCUUUAAACCAUUAUAUGGAAAGUCUACAGAUUGAGACUUUCUUGGACAUGCUGACACACAUGCUGUUUUAGAAAUGUCUACUCUGAGCACUUUUUGUUCAAAUCAAGUGCUCACAUACACGCCUAUCGAUUUGAGAUUUUCUUGUACUAACAUUUAGAUGCUGUUUCAUUGCAGUAAUGAAGACCAAAGUUCAUCAAUCAGUUGCAACUGCAUAUAAUGUGGUGCAUUUUUUUUUGUCUUUUUAUGCUGGUGUGGAUUUAAGAUAUUUUUGUAUAAUAAAUGCAAAUCAGUACUCUAAAUUAUUAAACAUUUAUUGUUCAAAAGUGCCUUUCUAUUUACAGUAUAUAAUUAUAUAUUUUUAUUACUAAUUUAUUACAUAUGUUUUAAUAGGUAUACUAACCUGAAGGGGGAAAAUGUAUAUUAUAUUAUUUUAUUAUUUAUUUAUAUA